AUUAUUGGAUGGAGAAAUGAGAUGGCAAAUUCAAGGUUGGAGAUUAGCUGCCCUGGUCUCAAAUCAUUAGAACUUGCUGGAGCAAUACAGCUUGUACAGUUAAAGUAUUCAGCUUCUAUUUUCGACGCCUCCCUUUAUUAUAGCCGCACUUUCAUGUGCGAACGCAGGAUAUAUGAAAAAGUUCAAAUGCUGCUGUGGAAGCUAGCUGAAGUCAGUGUUUUCAUACCAUGCACAUGGACUAUUUUGAUCUUCACAAUAUGGGAGUUGACAUAUGUGCCAAUUCCUGUCACUGGUUGGAAAUCUGUAGAGUUCAGACUUCUUUUCACAAAGUGGCACUUGCCUGGAAUAUGCAGCAUUCUCAGGAAUUCACAUUGGUUGGAAACACUAACUUUCUACAUUUACCCAGGAUCAUACUCUAUAUUCUUGACUGAGGAAGCGAAAUGGAUGGAGGCUUAUGAUUUUGAUGGUAAGGAUUACUGGAAGUCACCGUAUGGCGAUUUCCGUUGCCUCAGAAAGUACCUCAAGACUGUUAUGAUAUACGGAUAUGUAACUGAGCCAUACGUGUUGGAGCUUAUAGAAUUUCUAUUGAAGAAUGCCUUGGUCCUGGAAAAGGUGGUCAUUUCCACCAAGAGGACUCUCCAGCCCAUUCACCAAUAUGAAUUAUUCAAAGACGCUGUUUUCGAUCAGGAGGAUCGUUUCACUCCUGAAGAACUACUUCAGUUUUCUCAGAAACUGUUAACUCUUCCAAGGGCAUCCAAGUCUGCUGUAAUUCAGUUCUGCUAAUGAUAUAUCGUACCGCGAAUCCGAAGAUCGGUUCUUGUGGUCUAUAUUUCAUCUCAAUGUAUGUUAUUUCUCCUCCAUGAUGCAAAGUACCUCAUCUACUAGACUGCUAGUCCUUCAAUUUUUAUGAUUCCUCUGCCUCUGCCACUCUUAGCUCCCCUGAAAAAGGAAAUCAGUGGGAAAUUUUUGCACCGAGUGUCUAAUGGUGGUAGUGCCCUUUUACUUUUUGAUGU